UUCAUUUUUGUACAGCAUUAAUUUACUGUCCACAGCAGCCAUGGCCGCCGCCUCCGUCCGCCGCGUCGUCUUCCCCUGCCGCGCCGCAGCCUCUAGGGUCCUCACCAAGUGCAGGGACAGAGGAGUAAAAGCUCCGACGAGGAAUCCCACCGUCUCCACCGAGGCCGGAAAUGCUCGGCGGACGUCCAGGAAGUGCGCGGAGGUCGACGUGUUCCUGAGCCACAGGGGAGUGGACACGAAGAGCUCCGUGGCGGGGUUGCUCUACGACCGUCUGGUGCGGGCGAACGCGCGGCCUUUCCUCGACAGCCGGUCGAUGGAGCCCGGAGACAAGAUCUACGAGCGCAUCCACGCCGGCAUCCGGCAGUGCCGCGUCGGCGUCGCCAUCUUCUCCCCGCGCUACUGCGACUCCGUCUUCUGCCUCCACGAGCUCGCCUUGAUGGUGGAGGCCGACAAGAAGCUCAUCCCCAUCUUCUGCGACGUCAAGCCGUCGGAGCUAGCCGUAAGCCCCGCCGCCAAGGCCGCCGCCCAGUCGCAGGAGGACCUCGCCCGCUACGCCAGGGCCAUCCGCGAGGCCAAGCACACCGUCGGUUUGACCUUCGACUCCAAGAACGGGGAUUGGUCGGACUUGGUGUCGAGGACUACAAACAUCGUGCUCAAGUGCUUGAAGGAGGCAAAGCAUUGA